GUCCAAAGUUUACAACGCCCUCAUCGCUAAAAAUUCAACAUCCAGCAACAGGUCCGAAAUUGAAAACAAAAAGAUAUUUGAUAUUCAAUUGGAAACAUGGCCAACAGAAAAGUUCAUCGUCUUGGUCUUGAUGAAGAUAUCGUAACCCGGCUCACUCGGCAUAAGAUAUUCACAUGUCAGGAUCUGCUGACGAAAAACCGACUAGAACUGCUGAGGAUAUUCAAUACCACUGAACCAAGAAUUAAAGAAGCCAUGAUGAAAGCAAGCAAAGUCUGUGCUCCUACUAGUAAAAAGGCACUGCAGCUAUGUGAGAGAGGUCCUGAUUCUUGUCCUGGUAUUCUUCCAACAUCUCUUAGAAUACUAGACCAACUAUUACAUGGAGGAUUACUAUCAGGCACUAUUACAGAGAUAGCUGGACCUCCUGGGUGCGGGAAGACUCAAUUGUGUAUGAUGCUGAGCGUCUUGGCUACUCUACCAGUCAGUAUGGGAGGAUUGAAUGGAAGUGUUAUGUAUAUUGAUACCGAAUCAGCAUUCAGCGCAGAAAGACUUGUUGAGAUUGCUCGAUGUCGUUUUCCAGAAUAUUUUUCAUCUGAAGAGACCUUGAUGAACCUAGUGCAGAAGGUUCAUAUAUCUAUGGAAUCUACAUGCUUUGACUUAUUACACAGGUUAGAAACAUUAGAAGAAGAUCUUAUAGAGAAAGGGAUACGUCUUGUGAUUUUAGACUCAGUUGCCUCAUUGGUCAGGAAAGAAUUUGAUGGAAGAGUCGGCCGAAACAUGGUGGAGAGGACAAAUUUAUUAUCCAAACAGGCAGCCAUCUUGAAGUACCUGGCUGAGGAGUUUUCUAUACCAGUAAGUCAUAUUUUUAUUUUCUCAGAUUAAAGAAAAAAUUGAUAAUUAGUUAGGUGGAGGUAGUUAUUUUACCUAACUGCUAAGACACUUGACAGCUUAACAUUCUCUAUGAGGGACUUGUUUAUGAGAAUGAAUGCCUUACCAAAUGGUACUGAUAAACCACCUUACCUUUGAUAAAGGUACUGUGAUGACAAGACGAUUACCUUGUCAAAUGAGCUUUUAUGCCUCUAUAAUUCAUAUUUUCCACAUGUAGAUAAUCAUGGUAAAUAGACUAUUUUUAACUUAAGUGGUAUUACUUAACAUCAGUAUUUUUGAGGUCCAAGUAAUACUUUUUAAUUUCUAUUCUGCACUAGUAUACCUCGUACUAGAGUACCUAAUAGUAUACUACCUCUGCAGGUUUGGAAAUUAAGUACUGAUUAUUUUUUUCAGGGAAUUUGGACUUCUUAUCAUAAUGCUCAAUAUUCAUAAGGAUCGCUAGCUGUAUAAUAAUCAAGACUUAAAAAGGGAGUGGUUACUAUUCAUAAAUAAAAUACAUAGUAAAAAAAAUUGAUAAUGCCCACUGAUGUGGAAUGAAGGUUGUUAUUCAUAAUUCUCCAGGAGGGUCAUGGAUACUAUUCAUGAACCAAAUUUUGGGUUGUUAUUCAUAAUAAUGAAUAACGGUCACUUAACAUAAGUUCCACUGUUCAUAAUGCAGAGCAAGAGUUGCUAAUCAUCACGGGAGAAGAGGGUUGUUAUUCGUCACCAAAUAAGAGGUCCGUAGUCAUAAUCAAUGAGAAGGCUAAAUUCCUGUGCUACAUUACCAAGUGCAUCUAUAAUUCAUGCUACAGUACUGCAUACUACCUUAUCUUGUUUUAUUGAAAGAAUACAGGUAUUGAAAUCAACUGAAUGCAUGAAAUUUCAUGCAGCUAUUUUUGUUGUUGAACCAUUUCUAAUGGUUAGCUGUUCAAGAUUUUUUUAAGAGAAGAGUGAUGGUGAUUGUAUGAGGUGAUUAUAGUAUUAUGGUGGUGACUAUUAUGAUAACUGAUGAUAAUGAUGAUUUUAUCAUUCAUACCUUGAUACAAAAAACAAUUACUGACUCAAUUUGAUUUGAUCUAAAAAGAGUAGAUUUGGCAGUGAAAACAAAUUUUCUUGUUUUUUCCCUGUAUUGCAUUAUUACAAAUUUAGUAACUGAAUGUCUGUGUACCAAAGGAGAUACAAAGUGUCUGAUAAUGCCUUUAUCUCUGCAGUAGUUAAAUAAAAACAAAAGAUUUAACAUUCAUUUGAGAUUAUGUUUUUCUAAGAAAUCUUUAUUGAUUCCUUCAUGUAACAUCGCUGCAAAUCGUUGAAGAGCAAUCAGACUGCAGAAAGAGGUAUUGUAAGUAAACCAUCUCAUUGCAUGACCAUAGUCUUUGUCCCAAUAUGUUUACCAGAUGUGGAAUGCUCUGUAUGUUGCUUUCUAUGUGGCUCAAUAAGAUUGCAAAUGCAUAGUUUUGAAGUGGAUCAACACUGUAUUAGGAUCCUAAUAUGAAUUUCAUCCAUAUGUUCAUUGGGAUUUUCUAACACAGUAUUGAACUUUGAACCUUCUUCAUGUAAUUCCUGAUAUUGUUUUUGUGUUGGGAUGGUGAUAGUAAUUGUGUGAAUUAAAUAAAGCCCUUAUUUAAAAAAAAAUAUAUAGAUAACUAGAAAUGUGAAUUGUAUGAUAGAUACAUGUAGGUAGAUGAAUAUGGGGAAUAGAAAGGAUCAUCUGCCUAGAAGGGCAGAAAUAUAAAAAAAAAAAGGAAAAGACUUGCAAAAAGAGAAAGAGAUAAAUAAAAAAGGAAGGGAGACAGUGAUAUAGGGACAGAGAGUGGAGGGAGAGAUAAGGAAGUGAGAAAGAGUGGAAAAUAGAGAUAGAUUGAUAGGAUUGAGCUAGAUAGAGAUAGGGAGAAAGACAGAGGGAGAGAGAUAUCAAGAGAGACAGACAGGUAGAUAUAGAGAGGAGUGAGAGAAAGCAAGAUGAAGAGAUGAGUCUCCUGAUCAGUUUCCCAUUAGCCUUAGGAUAGCUAACCUCAACAUCCCAUCACAAUACACCUGCAUGUUGUCUAUGCCACACCAUGUCAGGCCAUGCAAAGCUUAACAAAUUUCUUUCUAACUUUGACAUUUUCAAAUGCUACCGUGAUGUAAAGCAAAGAAAAUAUAAAAAUAGAAUCAUGUACUUUCACCAUUCUCUCUAAUGCUCUUAAUAAUAUGUUCACACGUGUUGUUGAAAUAUCAAAAAUCGCCUUUUAAAUUGUGGAAAAUACUUCUUCAUAUUGCCAUUUUUUAUAUCGGAUAAUGUAAAGGAAAUACAACUGCACAUUUCAAAAUAAUGUUAUGAAAAUAUUGAUAUUAAAGUUAAUACCUUAUGGUACCUUGCUUUUCUUGAACAGGAUUUAUGAAAUCUUGGCUUACUCAAAUACGUGUAAAAAUGCUUUUCUAGUUCUGGUUUUGCUUGUCAUUGUACUGUUAUAAUACAAAAUUUUGUAUAUGCUUUUAUGUUUGCAGAUUAAUAAAUUCCAGAGCCAUUUUCUAUGGUAUACUAGUAGAUAAUCUACGAGGAAAUAUACUGGGGAUAAAUUUCUGUCACUUAUCCAGCGUGGUAAUAACCACAAUUUACAUUCUAAAAAAAUAAACAAAUUAAUGAGCAUUGUUAUAGAAUGCAAUGCUGGAUUAUUUGAUGCAUUAGUAUACUUAUUACUAUAGGUACUUUUGAAAUAUUUUUCUUAUUUUUAUAGUUAUUGUUAUGUUAGUGCCAGCUACAUGUAUCAUUCAAUGAACUUGAAAGAAUUGAGGUCUUGAAAUUUUUGUUAUUUAUUAUUUUUCUUGUGGGGACAGUGCAUCUUGAUAAAUGAAAUCCAUCAAACUCUUAGCUAAUUUUUAUAGAAAUUUAUGCCAGCCAUGGUGUUAUUUCCUUCAGCAAGAAAUUUAUCCACAUUGUGCUGCACUCAACCCAGGUGAGGUGAAUGGGUACCCGGUAGGAAGAAAUUCCUUGAAUGCUUGAGUGCCUAGGCAGCCUGGCUAAAGCCGGGGUAAUAAAAGCAGGGCCUUUUGAGAGAACAGUUUUCAGAACUGAAGUGGCUUCCCAGGGUAAAUAUACCUAUAUUAUUAUUGUUAUUAUUAUUAUUAUUAAUGGAUGAGUAAAACAUUUAGAUGUACAUGAGAAACAAAGUUAGUUAUUGAUUUUUUUUAAUUGAUCAUACAUAUUUAUAUUUCAAGAGAUGAAUAUGGUGCUCAUGAAAAAUUCUGCAUUUUUAUUGAAGUAAUGUUUGUCAUGUUGAAUGCAUAUGUUUUCAUAGUAAAUGAUUUAUGAAUAUAAAUAGAAAAGAAGGGGAAUAAUAAAUAGGAUUGGGAGAUAUCAAUAACGAGUGGGGCAGGAGGAAUGCUAAAAUACAAAAGAAACUUAUUUCAACUGUGUUGUCUCAAAAUGCUAUAAAAGCAGUGCUAAGCACAAUCC